GCAGAAGGAGGAGGAGGAGGAGGAGGGAGGGAGGGAGGGAUAAAGCUCCCCCCGGUGAGAGCUGGAGCCUCCAGAGCCUCAAGGGUUACACCGGGGCACUGCUGGUGCUGUGCUAAUACAGCCUAAGCUGAUAUUAGCCAAGCUUAACUUCUUUCAGCAGUUUGCAGAUGGGAAAAGGGGGUGGGACGCCCUGAAGUCAGCAGUUCUUCAACAAGUCCGGGAGCUGCAGCAGCUCCGGCUGCCGGAGCCCCCGCCAGGAGCUGAUGCGGGCGAAGGGAGGGCGAAGAGGGGGUCCCCGAGGCUGAGUUUGCUGUUUCUUUGGUGGAGAAGAUGCAGGCUCAGGAACUCCUGCGGAGCCUGCGGCUCCCCGAGCUGGAUGACCUCAGCCAGUUUUUCCGGAACCUCCCGGCCACCGCGCUGGUGGGCAUCGGUGCCUUCGCCGCCGUCAUCGCCUACUGGUUCUCCAGCCGGCCCCGGGCUGUGAAGCCACCCUGUGACCUACAGAUGCAGUCAGAGGAGGUGGAGGGCCUGGCUGGGGCACGGAGGUCAGUGAUUGGGGACAGCCCACAGCUGCUGACACACUACUAUGAUGACGCCAGGACCAUGUAUGAGGUCUUCAGGAGGGGAUUCAGCAUCUCUGAAAACGGCCCCUGCCUGGGGUUCAGAAAGCCCAAGCAGCCCUACCAGUGGUUGUCCUACAAGGAGGUGGCUGAAAGAGCAGAAGCUCUGGGUUCAGGGCUGCUUCAGCAGGGCUGCAAGCCAUCCACCAAGCAGUUCAUUGGGGUCUUUGCACAAAACCGGCCAGAGUGGAUCAUUUCUGAGCUGGCUUGCUACACCUACUCCAUGGUGGUUGUUCCUCUCUACGACACCUUGGGGCCUGGAGCCAUCCGCUACAUCGUCAACACAGCUGACAUUUCCACAGUCAUUUGUGACAAACCUGAAAAAGCCAGAACGCUCCUGGACCACGUGGAGAGGAGAGAGAUACCAGGUCUGAGCUCCAUCAUCCUGAUGGACCCCUUUGAGAAGGAGCUGAUGGAGAGAGGGAAGCGCUGCGGGGUUCACAUCCAGACCAUGCAGGAGGUGGAGGAGUGUGGCCGUGAGAGUCGCCACGUGCCUGUGCCCCCUCGGCCAGAAGAUCUCUCAAUUGUCUGCUUCACCAGUGGCACUACAGGAAACCCCAAAGGUGCUAUGCUGACUCAUGGGAACGUGGUUGCUGAUUUCUCAGGCUUUCUGAAAGUGACAGAGAGUCAGUGGUCUCCUACUUGUGAGGAUGUACACAUUUCCUAUUUGCCUUUAGCACACAUGUUUGAGAGAAUGGUACAGUCUGUUGUGUACUGCCACGGAGGGCGGAUUGGCUUCUUCCAAGGAGAUAUUCGUCUCCUCUCUGACGACAUGAAAGCCUUGCGCCCAACCAUCUUCCCCGUCGUGCCACGGCUGCUCAACAGGAUGUAUGACAAGAUCUUCAGCCAGGCGGACACGUCCCUCAAGCGCUGGGUGCUGGAAUUUGCUGCCAGGAGGAAGAAGGCAGAAGUUAGGAAUGGGAUCAUCAGGAAUGACAGCUUGUGGGAUAAGCUUUUCUUUAAUAAAAUACAGGCAAGUCUUGGUGGCUGCGUUCGCAUGAUCGUAACCGGCGCUGCCCCGGCUUCUCCGACCGUCCUGGGCUUCCUCCGUGCUGCCCUGGGGUGCCAGAUUUAUGAAGGUUAUGGCCAAACAGAGUGCACGGCUGGAUGCACCUUUACAACCCCAGGGGACUGGACAUCAGGUCAUGUAGGAGCCCCUUUGCCCUGUAACUUAAUCAGAUUGAAGGAUGUGGAAGAGCUGAAUUAUUUUGCUGCCAAAGGAGAAGGAGAGAUAUGUGUGAAAGGACCAAAUGUUUUUAAAGGUUAUCUGAAAGAUGAAGAGAAAACUGCUGAAGCACUGGACCAGGAGGGCUGGCUCCACACUGGAGACAUUGGGAAAUGGUUACCUAACGGGACACUUAAAAUUAUUGAUCGGAAAAAGCACAUUUUUAAACUUGCUCAGGGAGAAUACAUUGCACCAGAGAAGAUAGAAAAUAUCUACAUCCGCAGUGACCCUGUUGCCCAGAUCUAUGUCCAUGGAGACAGCCUGCAGGCCUUUCUGGUGGGAAUUGUGGUGCCUGAUUCUGAAGUUAUGCCAGGCUGGGCAAAGAAAAGAGGGUUUGAUGGAACAUACUCAGAACUCUGUAAAAAUAAGGAACUGAAGCAAGCAAUAAUGGCAGACAUGGUCAGGCUGGGGAAGGAGAGUGGCCUUCAUUCCUUUGAGCAGGUCAAGGCCAUUUACAUUCACUCUGAUAUGUUCUCAGUACAGAAUGGUUUGUUGACGCCAACACUAAAGGCCAAGAGGCCAGAACUAAGAGAUUACUUCAAAAAACAAAUAGAAGAGCUCUAUUCAAGCAUCUCCAUCUGAAGCCACGGGAAGAAUGUUCUGAAUAAUGGACUUUGUAGCAAUAUUAGAAUAAUACUCAAAAGUACAGAGCCAGAAUGACACAGCUGAAAUGGAUAAGCCUCUGAAUCUUACAUCUGAGCCUUGCAUUGUUCUAGGAUUUCACCACUAACCAUAAUUUUCCUUCUUUUUGUCCAUCAGGUGUGAUACAGUUUAUUUUUUACUCUAUGUACACAGUAGGGCACUACUCAGAAGUCUGCUAAAUGGCCACAAAAUAGACAGACCUGUCAGUCUAUGACCAACUAAAUUAUGGGAACUGACCUUAUUAAUAAUAACUACAAGCAGUUCUAAUCAAAAUAGGGAAAACUUCAGGUGUGUCUGUUGACAUUUGAUUGUAUAUAACCUGACACAUUAGAAACUAAAGCUGUUGAUAAUUCAGUAAUGUGGUCUACCUCAAACAAUCAGUGAUUGAUGGUGGAAGGGUUUUCCCUGAGCUGACUCUCCCAGCUGGAUAUUGGUUUAUAUAUUAAGUGAUAGUUUUUAUACUCUCCAGGACACAAAUACCUUGAUUGGAUUUAAUCAUUAAUGACCUAACUAAAAACCAGAAUAGAAGCAGGAAGGAAUCUCCUGCUAUCCCUACUUAAUAGUUGUAUUAUUAUUAUAUGACACCUGAGGGAUUAAUAAGAUUCCCCGGAGAGGUCGGGAAGCGAUAGGAUGGAAUUCCCUCUCUUUCCUUUCCAUCCCAACUCCCUUUACCCAUGGCAUGCUGAUUUUACAUGAGGGCUUUCUUCAGCCCAGUCCACUCCUGGACACCUGAACUCCUCCAAGUGAGGAGGCUGUAAAAGCAUCUCUGGCUCUCUGGGAGUUCACCUUCAAUCCACGCGCUCCCGGUCUCUAAUUUAUUCCUUGACAUGCUGCUAAUUCCCCCUAACCCAGCUGGACUAACUCCCUUUUGGGGACAGAGCUGAGGAAAUGGAGCAUGAGGUGCCCAAGCUGGGAUUGUGGAUGGCCAGGGCUUAGCAAAGCAAGUUGGGCUGGGAGAAAGGCCAGGCUGUGGAGGGAAUCCUUCAGCUGGCUGCUUCCAAGGGGAAGAAUUGCUGCUCCAGAAAGCCCGUGGGGAUGGAUGGGUGAAAGGCUGGGAUAGGCAGUGCUGUUGCCAGGUGGCACUGGAGAUGGUUGCAGAGAAGCCUGCUGAGAAAACACCUCUGCAUCCAGACGUCUGGAAUCUCCCUUCCCAGCAUCAUCACUUCCAGCAGCCUCUCGGGAAUGGAAAAGCCAAGGAGUCUGGAUGAAACCUGAGGCUUCACAACCAGCUGCAGCCAUCAGAAAGGGGACAGAUCCCACGUGGAACAGGAACAGGCUCUGGAGCUCUCUCCUGAUACAAAGUAUGGUAGAAAACAGUGAGAAAACUGUCACGUCGAGUCGCUGGAAUACUGGGACUGUCACUGGCUUCCUUCUGCUAAACAGGGUCCUAAAUAUCUAUCUGUAUUUUAAUAGCUGCUCUUUGUUGCACCAGUGUGUACUAGCAUGGAGCUGUGCCUGCUAGAUCUUUGCUAGGACAGUGAAAGCACACUUAUUUUUCUCUCUUAAACUGGAAUCUACUGUAGACUCUUGAAGGUAAAAGUUGAAAUUUUUAAGCUAACUCAUCUCCCCCCUCCGAAAUCCCUCUGCAUGUGUCACAACGGAAUAAACAGCAUUCAUGAGUUAGCCUUCCCCAAAGACUGACUGAUUGCAGUCAUUUCAGGACAAAAGGAUACAAAGGAAGCUCUAUCAGUGAGCAGCACCACUCACAUGAAGAACACAGCCAUUGGAUUGAGCAAACGGGGAAGGAUUUGGCCGACUCCCUUCCCGCACCUCAUCCGACUCCAGUGCCCGAAGCGAGGGAGCAAUCCCUCUGCUGCCCUCCCAUGGGACUGCACAUUCCUUCUUCACCAACCUACACAGCAGCAGCAUCCCUGGGGAGUCUGUGUCUGCAGGAAUUACUGCAGGAAAUCUGGCUCUUUAGGUCAAGCCACAAAGGGUUUUCAUCCUGGGGGAGCCUCAUUCUGUGUCAGCCAGAGGACAGUCACAGCAGGCUUCAGGAAUCAUCCUGCCUGGUUUAAUGCAACAAGACUUUUAAAAGAAAUGAAAAAAAAUAACACAAGCCAUUCUUCUUUCACGGAUCUUUUUUCUGCCAGGUGAAUUUGAUUUAGUUUUCUCCUAAGAUCACUUCAGUUUACCAGACUUUUAGACACCUGCACCUCUGUAACAGCAUAAAAGAUCCCAGCGUGAGUUUAUUUAUGGCUCGAGUGUUACCUGUGUAAAGCUAAAUAAUGCAUCUUUUGGUAUUUGAUGCAAAGUGCCAGGUGCACUAGAGCCAGAGAUAUGAACAC